UGUGUACUGAACGGAAGCCGCCAUAGGCCAAUUUCAAUCGGCGUGCUCAUUUGAACAAGUGGAACCGCUACGAAGCACGGGAGGAGAGCGGCCCAGUAGUGAUCAUUCAACUUCCAAGUCAACAUUGAUGGAGUGGCAGCCAGAUGAGCAGGGACUCCAGCAGGUCCUCCAGCUGCUCAAAGACUCCCAGUCGCCCAACACAGUCACACAGAGAGCUGUCCAACAAAAACUUGAACAACUCAACCAAUUCCCCGACUUCAACAACUAUCUCAUCUUUGUGCUCACAAGACUCAAAACUGAAGAUGAGCCGACCCGCUCCCUGAGUGGUCUGAUACUGAAGAACAAUGUGAAGGCCCACUACCAGAACUUCCCUCCAGCUGUGGCUGACUUCAUCAAGCAGGAAUGCCUCAACAACAUCGGCGAUCCGUCGCCGCUCAUCCGUGCCACCAUCGGCAUCCUGAUCACUACCAUCGCCUCCAAAGGAGAGCUGCAAACAUGGCCUGAGCUGCUGCCUCAGCUCUGCAACCUGCUCAACUCAGAGGACUACAACACUUGCGAGGGCUCGUUUGGUGCACUGCAGAAGAUCUGUGAGGACUCGUCGGAGCUGCUGGACAGCGACGCUCUGAAUAGACCCCUCAACAUUAUGAUACCUAAGUUCCUUCAGUUCUUCAAGCAUUGCAGCCCCAAGAUUAGGUCUCAUGCUAUCGCCUGUGUGAACCAGUUCAUCAUCGGCAGAGCUCAGGCCCUGAUGGACAACAUCGACACCUUCAUAGAGAGCCUGUUUGCGCUGGCAGCAGAUGAGGACUCUGAGGUAAGAAAGAAUGUGUGCCGAGCGCUGGUGAUGCUGCUGGAAGUCCGCAUCGACCGCCUCAUCCCCCACAUGCACAGCAUCAUCCAGUACAUGCUGCAGCGGACCCAGGACCCUGAUGAGAACGUGGCUCUGGAGGCCUGUGAGUUCUGGUUGACUCUAGCAGAGCAGCCCAUCUGUAAAGAGAUGCUGUCGGGACACCUGGUGCAACUGAUCCCUAUAUUAGUCAAUGGGAUGAAGUACUCUGAGAUAGACAUCAUACUACUGAAGGGUGAUGUGGAGGAGGACGAGGCGGUACCAGACAGCGAUCAGGACAUCAAGCCCCGCUUCCACAAGUCACGCACCGUCACCUUACAGCACGAAGGAGGCGAAGGAGAGGAGGGCGAGGACAUCGAAGAGGACGACGACGACGAUGACGACACGCUGUCUGACUGGAACCUGCGAAAAUGUUCGGCAGCGGCCCUGGACGUCCUCGCCAACGUGUUCCGCGAUGAUUUGCUCCCCCACCUCCUGCCGCUCCUGAAGGGCCUCCUCUUCCAUCCAGACUGGGUCAUCAAGGAGUCCGGCAUCCUGGUGCUGGGGGCCAUCGCUGAGGGCUGCAUGCAGGGGAUGGUGCCCUACCUGCCGGAGCUGAUCCCUCACCUCAUCCAGUGUCUGUGUGAUAAGAAGGCCCUGGUUCGCUCCAUCGCCUGCUGGACCUUGAGCCGCUAUGCACACUGGGUGGUCUCCCAGCCCCCCGACUCCUACCUCAAACCCCUCAUGACGGAGCUCCUGAAGCGCAUCCUGGACAGCAACAAGCGGGUGCAGGAGGCGGCCUGCAGUGCGUUUGCCACCCUGGAGGAGGAGGCGUGCACAGAGCUGGUGCCCUACCUGAGCUUCAUCCUGGACACGCUGGUCUUUGCCUUUGGGAAGUACCAGCAUAAGAACCUGCUCAUCCUGUAUGAUGCCAUAGGAACCCUGGCAGAUUCAGUGGGCCACCACCUCAAUCAGCCGGAGUACAUUCAGAAGUUGAUGCCCCCUCUUAUUGCUAAGUGGAAUGAGCUGAAGGACGAAGACAAGGAUCUUUUCCCGCUACUUGAGUGUCUGUCGUCGGUCGCCACCGCCCUGCAGAGCGGGUUCCUGCCUUACUGCGAGCCGGUCUAUCAGCGCUGCGUCACGCUAGUCCAGAAGACGCUAGCUCAGGCCAUGAUGUACAACCAGCAUCCAGACCAGUAUGAGGCUCCUGAUAAGGACUUCAUGAUCGUGGCUCUGGAUCUGCUGAGCGGCCUGGCCGAGGGUCUGGGGGGCCACGUGGAGCAGCUGGUGGCUCGAUCCAACAUCAUGACCCUGCUGUUCCAGUGCAUGCAGGACACGAUGCCUGAGGUGAGGCAAAGCUCCUUUGCUCUGCUGGGUGAUCUAACCAAGGCGUGUUUCCUCCACGUGAAGCCCUGCAUCGCUGAGUUCAUGCCCAUCCUCGGCCUCAACCUGAACCCAGAGUUCAUCUCGGUGUGUAACAACGCCACCUGGGCCAUUGGAGAGAUCUCCAUGCAGAUGGGCACAGGUGUCAAGCAGCAGACAGGCAGCUGUCCAGGUGCAGAGAUGCAGCCGUAUGUGGGCAUGGUGCUGCCACACCUGGUGGAGAUCAUCAACAGACCCAACACACCCAAGACCCUGCUGGAAAACACAGCCAUUACGAUCGGCCGACUGGGCUUCGUCUGUCCCCAGGAAGUAGCACCACAGCUGCAGCAUUUUAUCAGACCAUGGUGCACGUCGUUGAGGAACAUCAGAGAUAACGAGGAGAAGGACUCAGCUUUCCGGGGAAUCUGCGUUAUGAUCGGCGUGAACCCUGCAGGAGUCGUUCAGGACUUCAUUUUCUUCUGUGACGCUGUGGCCUCCUGGGUGAACCCCAAGGAUGACCUGAGAGACAUGUUUUAUAAGAUCCUGCACGGCUUCAAGGAUCAGGUCGGAGAGGAGAACUGGCAGCAGUUCUCUGAGCAGUUCCCUCCUCUGUUGAAGGAGCGCCUGUCGGCCUGCUACGGUGUCUAACCCGACGCCCUCCUCGGUCCACGCAGGACGCUGACCUGUUAGGUUGUGAAGGGGAGGGUACCAGGGGAACUCAUUGCACUGCCCAGAUCGUGGGGAGAAACUAGAGCUGGAGGGAUGUGAACCCUCCACUCUGCGGAUGGCCUCCUUUCCCCCCGCGCCCUGUUUGUCUCUGUGAGGGAGGGUGGGAGGAGGGUGGUGGGUGUGGGAGGGUAAACUGGGGAUAUAUACAUAUACCUCUCGGAUUAAACGCCUCACUAAAUCCAACACGCUCAAAAGUGACUUUCGCCAACAGCACCGCAGGGAUCCUAGGUAGGCGAGGGGCAAAAAACGGGGGCAGAGUUCGACCUCCCCCUCCUCGAUUUGAUUAUUUGAUAGAUGACGGCUGGGAGGGGAGGGGGGUGGCAGAUAGGUGCAUAACAAGGAAUUAUCCGAACCAGCAUAGGGUGCCACAGUCCCAAACACCACCUGUAGGCUUGUGCCAGAGGCUAAACAUAAACUUUACUCUGUAACUAAAGUGCACAAGAUUUAUUUGCACCUUUUACUGCAUCACAUACAUGGGUCUUUAUUUUCCAUAUGUACAUUUAGCUGAAUUUACUUUCCUUCCUCUUCCCUUGGUUGCUGAAUUCCUGUUUCUUUUCCCCCUCAUCAGAGGCAAAACAAACAAAAAAAGGUGCAGUACGUCUUUUCCUUUCCUCACCACCGCAGUAUCAGAACAUUGCAUGGUUUAUGAUCACCUCUUAGUGACGCAUGUUUGAGUGAAUGUUAGUAAUCGUCGUCGGUUUGGGGAGGCUGCCAUAAAUUCGAAGCUGCCAGGUGCUCGGUUGUUUCGUCCUCCCGUUCUUGUGUGUCGUCUAAUCAGUGGAGUUUAAUGAAGGCAGAUUGAUGCAGGACUCAGCGUGAUUGUUUGGAGACACUGCAGCAAGAGUUCAAAUACUGUAGGCAGAAUCAUAUUCGCUGCUUCUUCUUCUCUUUUUUUAAUAUUUACACAAACGGACGUAAUGAGAGCGAUAAGACAUCACCAAGAAUGAAUUGGUUCUUUCUGGUAUAAAUGCACUUUUUUUCUUUUUGUAAUAAAUUUAGAAUUUCUAAUGUUAAGACGUACAGUAAUAUACUGAACUGAGCUCUAGGUUUUUUUGAUAAGUGAUUUUAGGACUGUUAACGGCUUGCUAACGUAAGCGUAAUGAUAAUGUUAAGCAGUGGUAAAAGUGACUCGGUAAGACCUGAGGCCUCUUAACGUAGUUUUAUAAUGUAGCUCCUUUAAAAUGGACUGAAUAGGAUUUAAGAAGAGGGAGGCGUCUUAAUGACGGUGUUCUGCUGCCUCCGUCGGUCCAUAUCUGUCUGAGGACGUCGUUUUCAUCCAACAUCGAGGCUUCUGCUCGUCAUGAACAUUGCAUGCUUUCUGACAGGUCUUUGUUCCUUUUAGACAUUUUUCUAACGGAUCUCUCGGGGGGGAUCCACCUUUAAGAGCUUUGUCGAUGGCACUGCACCUCGCUGCUGGACUAAUAAGGUACUCCUCCAGCUUCUGAUCAAACUAGUGAUUGUCGUUGCCAUAUAUACACCCGUCGAUACUGUGUAGGAAAUGCCUGGGAAUACGCCGAGUCCUAAUAGUUCUCCCCUGACAGAGGGAGCGGGGGUCUUUAUUCAGCUUUAUCUUUUAGUCUCUGUCCACAGUGGACGGUUGUAUGGCUGUCUGCCUGUCGGUGUUUUACUGUUAAGGUGUUUCCAGGAGUACUACUUAGACAUAAUUUCGCACCGGCCCUGCUCUAGAGUCAUGUUUGGGGGUAUAUUAGUCGUGCCUGUUGAUGUGGCCGCUGAGUACCAACACUUUCCUGCCGGUUGACGGUUCGUCAGGAUGCGAGCAGCUCUUAGGAUGAACACUCAGAUCUCAGAAGCAUUAAUAUCUGCAGGUAUCUCUGGAUCAUGUAUUAGAUGAGUUAAGCUUUAAGAGGAGACACUACAGGUGACUGAGGUUUAACUUCACCAGGUGGUUACUCACAAGAACACUUUUUUAUUUUAAUUUUGUAGAGCACAUUUCCGGAGUGCAAUGGGGCGUACGUUUGGAUAUCGACACUGGAUACAAUCACAAUUCCUGUUUCAUUUUGUUGAUGUAGUUCUUGCAAAUCCACUUUUUUUUGCGUUUUUAGGGAUGAGAUGUUCCAUAAGGCUGAUUUAUGAACAAACCUCCAGUAGAAACCAUCAGAAUAUAGAUGAGGUUUAUGAUUUAGAAUUGAAAUCUGCAGAUGCAAAUACACAAAAUGUACUAAACUACACACCUAGAUGUGUGUUGGAUGUUUUCUCUGAACUAAUCUCCCCGUGCAUGGAGGAAAGAGGACAUAUUUUUGCCUGUAGUGUCUCUUUUAAAAUGAACUAACAUGGAUUUAGUUAGUUGCUGAUGAGUUUUUGGAUCUUUAACCACUUGUGUGAGCAGCAACGCUCCGCUGUGAUCGCAUCCUGUUCAGGUUAGCUGGUGGGGACGUGUUGAGAUGCGAGGCGGCCGCUCAGCCAUCAGACUGUUUGAAGCAGCGACUCGUGAAGCCUUCAGUACGACGUUUAGGAUGGAGCUCUGUGCCGCAGAGGAUUGGUCAAAAGAAGUCUAGACUCCACUACUUCUCACCACGUUGGGAUAAACGAGCUGUGUACAGAAGGAAAUUUAAAUGCAAAGAUGUCCGUUUUUUUUGUUACUGUUUUUUUUGUUUUAAUGCUCGUGACAGUUUUUUUUAUUUAUUUCGUUUUAUAUUUUAUUUUUUGUGCUCUGGCGCACAAAUUUUUUUGGACUUUAAAAGUUUUUUCUUUCCUUUUUAUUCUUUUUAUUUAAAGAACCAUUUGUUUUCGUUGUUUUAUAGCGGACCAUCUGAUUAUGUCAGGUUUGACGUGGUUGGACUGAAGGCGAGUCGGCGCUUGGUGCAAACCGUAGGGAAGAAUGUGGAAAACAAAUUCAUGACUUUGUUUCAAUCUAUCAAGGCUGCCAGUUGACUUUAAUGUAGUACCUUUUUUUUUUUUUUUUUUUGCUGAUCCGUGGUGCAGGUGGGAUGUAAUCUGAUGUAUCCCUUUUUAUUUAAUUUUUGUGAAUAGGGGAAAAUAAAAGUUUUUCUAUUAAGCUUGGUGUCGACUGAAUGUUUUCUGUGUGGUCAUCAGUAUGUUGGAAACCUGAAAUAAAACCAUAUAGCGUC